AUGCGGAUCCUGGCCUGGCUGCUCCUGCCACUCGCCGCCCGAGGCGACGCUGCCGUGCCCCGCGCCGCGUACGUCAACUCGAUCGGCAACGUCGGCGCCGUCCAGAACAUCCGCCUCGAGGCCGACCUCGCGAUCCCAGCCGGGCGCGAGCUGCAGCUGCCGAUCAACGUUCCGCCCAUCGUUAUGGCUGUCAAUAGCAAUGCACCGGCCAAAGUCGUGUCCGUGACGACGACACACGCCGACGGCCACGUGGGCGUCGGCGAGGUCAUCGAUAUUAGCGUGCAAUUCAACAGCGCCAUCGAUGUUGUCGGCGCGCCUGGGCUCGUCCUCCGCACCGGCUGCCAUUCGCAGGCGUGUCGAGUCCCCGAAAUACAGACUUUUAUCUGCCGGGCCACGUCAGGCGCCUUCGCCAUCGCGUUCAACGGACAGGCGGUGGCCAACGUCCCGUACAACGCAACGCCGUCCAUGCUGCGCGAGUACUUGCGGCGGCUCACGUGCAUCGCAGAGGUCACCGUGGUCUACGAUGCUGGCGUCUCGGCGUGUUCGUUUCGAGGCACCACCGUCCACGUCACGUUUGACCGCGUGAACUUUGUGGGCGUGGACGGCGACCUGCCACCGCUCACGACCGACGCACGCAACACGGGUGGCAGCAACACUACACUUGUGCACCAUACAUUUCCCGUGCUUUUAUCGCCGGUCGCGACCGAAAUCCAAGCCGGCGUCUGCGUCGUCGACCGGACAGCGACGUUUCUUGGUGCUGGUCCGAGCGUUGUCCGCUUUCGCUACAUCGUACAACCCGGCGAUGCCACUGCCGACCUCGAGUACGCGGGUACCGACGCGCUACUGCUGCGCUCUGGCGAUUCGAUUGCCAACCAUGGCACGACGAUUGCCGCCAACACCAAGCUCCCGGUGCCCGGGCGACCGCCGGCGUGGGCCACAGGCGGCACCUCCAGCCUCGGCGUCAAUGCAGCGAUCGUGGUCAAUACGAGUACUCCUGUCGUUCUGAGUGUGAGCUCCAAUACGCCGAAUGGUAUCUACGGCGUUGGGCAGCUCAUCGAAAUUGGGAUCACCAUGUCGUUGCCUGUCGCGUUCACCGGUGCACCUUUCUUGGUGCUUGCCACGGGUGUCAACCCGGCCGCGUGUCCGAUCGUGCGAGUCGACGGCGGUGGCACGAUCCUCGUGGCGCAGUAUGUCGUUGGCCCUGGCCACACGUCGCGGGAUCUAUCGUACGUAUCGCCGGCGUCUCUCGUGCUCAACGCCGGCGACAGCAUUCGCCGACUCUCGACGUCGCCGACGACCGACGCGAACGUCACGCUUCCGACCAACGGACGCCCGGGAAGUCUUUUUGUCACCAAAGACAUAGUUAUUGAAUCGACACCGCCGUACGUGACAUCCGUUUACGCAAUGUCGCCUCCCGGCGCAUACACAGCGGGCGACGUACUGCAGCUGGCCGUCACGUUCUCGCGCCCCGUGUCGGUCGUCGGAGCGCCAGCGUUCCAAGUGAGUACCGGGUCCAACGAUCUCUUUCCCGGGUUCGUCGUCGAGACAGUGCCCACAAAUGGCAAUCCGUGCGUGUUUACCUUCCCCAGCGACCUCGACCUCUCGUGGAUCCCGGCGGGCUUUCGCGUCUCGAUCGGCAAUCAACUGUUCACGGUGGUGAGCGUCGUUGGACCGUUCGUGACGAUGGCCGAAGCCUACACGGGUGCCCCGGUGGCGACCAAAACGAACGGCGCGUCGCCGUUGCUGAGCAUUCGAGCCCCGGGGUACCAACUCGCAACGUAUCUCGGUGGGUCGACCUCGCAGACACUGCAGUUUCAGUACAUGGUACAGCACGGAGACGCGUCGGUGGACUUGACCACGUGCUCCGACUUGUUGUUUCCGCUGGGUGCUAGCAUCCGCCGACAAUCGACGACUCCGACCACGAGCGUGACGCCGGAGCUGCCGACGCCCGGCAGCAUCAACAGUCUCGAUGCGAAUGGGGCCGUCCUCAUCGACGCCACUGCCCCCAUCGUCGUCGCUGUGACCACGACGAACCGUGACGGCGUGUAUGGCCCAGGACAAACCAUCACCGUGCUUAUCACAUUUUCGUAUCCCGUGGCCGUCGUCGGUCUUGGAACACCCCGGGUGCUCGUGAACACGGGCAUCGACCGAUUCGCAACCUACGUCGGUGGCAGUGGGACACCGACACUGACGUUUGCGCUGACGACGCUACCGACCGACGUCGCUGUCGCUUUUGGCGCCCUCAGCGCCGAUGCCAUUCGCAUGCCCAACGCGCUCGUCUCGGUGUGUCGGCUCUCGGCCAAUCCGCGUCUCCGCGCCGUUCUCACGCUUCCAUCGCUCGUCGUCGGCCAGAUUAGUGUCGACCCGCUCGCACCUACCAUCACCAGCGUCGCGUUGCCAUCGACGUCGCUGUUUCGUCCCGGGGACAACCUGGACGUGCUCGUGACAUUCACAGAAGCCGUGGAUGUGACGGGUGUGCCGGUCGUUGCGCUAAAUGUCGGAGCAGCCGCCUACGUCUCAGGGUCCGGCUCGAGUACGCUUCUCUUUCGAUACAUCGUCGGGCUUGGGGAUGCUACGGCUCUUGUCGAUGUCGCAUCGAUCUAUGUGGUGACGCUCACGGCAGGGGCGACGAUCCAGUCCCACACGACGGCGCAUGCCGCGUGCUUGGUCGUGCAGCCGACAGUGGCGCUGGACCGUCAACUGCCAGUGACAAGUGAGCCCGUCGUUGUUUUGUCCGUUCGCGGCGUCUCUAUCGACGGCCUAUACCCUCUCGGAUCCGUCGUCACCGUCGUUGUCACGUUCACCGACCCUGUCGUCGUACCAGGUGCGCCGCGUCUGUGGCUGGCGACUGGUAACCCUAAUGGCGACCAGCCCGCUCUCUUUGAGAGCGUCGACGCCAACAACGUGUACUUCACCUAUGUCAUCCAGGCAGGUGACGCAGCGUCUCGCAUCACUCUCAGCGACUCGAACGCUCUGCGCUGCUGGAACGACAAUGGGCUCAAUCUGGACCCAGGAACGGAUGCCAUCAACGUCGGUGCAACGGCCCUCGGCAACGCCAUCGUUGUUGGGUGGACCGAAGGCCUCGUGCUCCGGGUCAAGCUGUCCAGUACCAACCCAGCACUGCCGCUGUGGACGCGCCUCGACACCGGCGCAGGGCUCAAUGUUGACCCAACCAAAGCCGCCGAUGGACUUGCGUGCGCGGCCCUCGGCGCGCAGCUUGUGUGUGCGUGGCACGAAACGGACGGAAAUGCGUUCCAACUCCACGCUGCCGCCUUCAACGGUGUCGUGACAGCACCAACGUGGGCGCUGCUGUCUCCAACGGGGCUCAAUGGGAACGCUGCCUUCGACGCCAAGCACGCCGCAAGCGUUGCUUUCAAUGGCAAGCUGUACGUGGCUUGGGCCGAGCGUCAAGCGUCGAGUCUCUGGACACUGCAGAUCUCUGUAUGGAACAGCAACGUGCUCACGCCGACGUGGACGCGCAUCGACGGAACAUUGAUUCUCGCCGCCGCCAGCGACCACACGUUUCCGACGUGGCAGGUGUACGGCGCGCGGCUUGUGCUUUCGUGGCAGCAAAGUACGCUCACGACAUCCACCGUGCGCGCUGCCACCUACAACGGCAUCGACAAUGCUCCGGUGUGGACCACGAUCGACAACGGAGGGCUGAACGCUGCGUUGACGGGACUUGCAUCGCGUCCGUCACUGUCCGUGUGUGCGGGAAAUCUCUAUGCGAUCUGGCAAGAAACGGCAACGACCGAUCCUGCGCAGAUCCAUGUCAAAGUGUAUAUGCAAGGGACGGCGUGGGCAGCGGUAUCGCCGUCGGGCGGCUUGAACAGCGCGUUGACGAUCGUCGGGACGUUGCCGAAGCUUGCGUGCUCGAGCAACGACCAGCUGUUUGCGUCGUGGCAAGAGGCGACCAGUCCGUCGACGCUGCGAACGUCGCUCUUCAAUAGCAACACUGCGCCGCCGCAGUGGACGCUAUUGACCGCCGUGGCCAACGACAACGGCGCCGGAAACGCCGCCGGCGCAUCCAUGGUGCGUACGAGCUCCGACCUGUACUUGGUGUGGUCCGAGACGCUGCCCAGUGGCCGCCUCCAAGCCCGUGCCGCUGUCUGGGACGCCUUGCAUAUAUCGUGGAAGUCGGUGACGUACGCGUGCAUUCAACGCGUUGGUUCGGCGUUCAACAUCCCGGUGGCCCUGCGCUUACCCGAGAUGCACUCGGGCGCGAGUCUGAGCGACCUCAGCCACUUGGCCAUCGACACGUCGGUGCCCACGAUCGUAGACAUCCGCUCGAUCAACGCUCCGGCAGGCCUCUACGGCGUCAGUGGCACGGUACAAACCAUCGACGUGCUCGCGGCGAGCAGCUCGCUUAUCGUCGGCGGCCAGUUCCAGCUGCAGUACAACGGGUAUCCAACCGCGUGUCUCGCCUGGAAUGCCGCAGCGUCCGACGUCCAAGCUGCCCUCAAUGGCAUGUCGUCCAUCGCCGUCGCCGUCACCGUCUCCAAAGUUGCAAGUGGGUUUCUCGCCGGCGACUUGUUUGUCGUGACGUUUACGUCGCCGACGCUUGGCGUACAACCGCUGACCGUCGGCACCGAUUGCUCCCCGCUCAGUUGUGCGUCGGGUCUAUCGGGUCUGGCGUGCGGCACGGUCGUCGUCAAUGCGGCGCCGUUGCAGCCCGGGUUUCUCGACUUCCAAGUCGUCUUUUCUGCGCCAGUGCAAACGUCGGGCGCACCUCCGACGCUGACGAUUGCAACGGGCGUGGCAACGACGGCAGCUGCCGUGUACACGCAGGCAUCCGCACUGCAGUACAUCGACGUGGGCGUCACCGGCACCAGCGUGGUCGCAGGCGGCAGCUACCAGCUGCAAUACGGUACGGCGACGACGGAAUGCAUUAACCCUUUCGUCGCCGACGGGGCUCCAACGUCGUUGCGUGUGCAACUUCUGUCGUUGCCUGCGAUUGCCACGCUUGGCGUCGCAUCCAUUCAAACCAACCGCGUACACAACGGGUGGCGCCACACGAUUCACUUUGCCACGGGCGCGCCGCUCGCGCUGACACCGGCGCCCAAUGGUGUCUGCGACGGUCUCUCGGGAGCCGUGCAGACAAUCGAUGUGACUGCAUCGGGCGCAUUGACAUCCGGUGGCUUUACGGUCGAACACGCUGCUGUUGGCUCACCGAGUGCCUGCUUGAGCUACGACGUGUCGGCAGCGUCGCUCCAAGCAACGUUGACGGCUCUCUUGGGUGGUAUCGCUCGCGUGCAAGUGACGCGGCAAAACCACGCUCUGCGUCAUCGCUAUUCGAUCACGUUCAGCGAUAUUACUCUAGCGCAACAUUCCAUUGAAGUCGCGACGACUGGCUGCGCUGCGUUUACGUGCGCUGGCGGCCCAUGUGCAUCGAGCGCCGUCGUCGCCAACGCUGAUUACGUUGUUGCCGUUGCCGCCACGUCGAUGGCAAACUUUCGAUACGUUGUGCAGCCAGGCGACAACAUCGCGCAGGUCACGCCACAUGCACUCUCCAUCGGGCUUUCUCGCGCUGGCUCGGUACCGCCGAUGUCUGUGAGCACUGUGCUGCCGUCGGUAGUGUCGCUGCCGCCACUGCAGCUGUACGCUGUCCCGAUGCCAGCCGUUGUUCGCGUCACACCCGUCUCUGCCAACGGGGCCUACAGCACUGGCGACCGCAUCUGGUUUGCGGUGGAGUUUUCACAAGCUGUGCUCGUGCUUGGGCGGCCCAAGGUCGAGUUGAACUCGAAUGGCGUCGCUUUGUAUCGUUCGGGCAACCUCACGACGACCCUUCUGUUUCAGUACACGGUGCUAACGGGCGAGACGUCGGCGCAACUGGAUGUGUUUUCGGCGUAUUCUCUCCGAGGGCGUGUUUUCUACUACGACGCCACGACGUCGGCGUUGGCACCGGCGACGUUGACGCUGCCAGUGGGCAUCGGCAACCCGAAUAGUCUUGCAGCUCAAAGCACCGUCUCGAUUGAUGCGUCGAUUCCCAGCGUCGUGAGUGUCACGUCGACCAAGCCGGCGGGAGUCUAUGGCGCGGGCGAAGUGAUUGAUUUUACAGUCCAGUUUUCACUGCCCGUCACCGUGACGGGGGCACCGUCCAUUGCGUUGACGAGUGGAGGAGCGGCUGUUUUUUCAUUUGCAGGCACACGUCAGCAUAUUGACAUUGGAGCCACGGCCGGCAUCACAUCGGGACAGUACGCAGUGAUGUACGGCUCGUCACAGACGAGUUGCAUCAACUACGACGACGUGGCAAUGCUCCAGACACAACUGCUUGCGAUUCCGGCGAUCGCUGCAAUCGGGUUGACCUCGGUCGUCGCCGCACCGUUUGGCGUCGGCACUCGCAUCACCGUUCUCUUUGCCUCGUCGGUGCCGUACGCUGCGCCACUGGCCCUGAUUCCGGUGCAAGUACCGCAAUGUGCGCCGCUGACCGCAGGUGUCAACGACAAGGCGCUGCUCAGUCGAGGCCUCGACGCCAGCCUUGUUUUCCGCUACACCGUCGGUGUCUCGGACGACACCACUCUUCUCGACAAAGUCGGCGCGGCCAUUAGUCUCAACGGCGGAUCGAUCCAGCGCCAGAGUUUGCAGCCGUCAAUCAACGCGCUGGUAACGUUACCGACGGUGCAAAUACCCGCGGUUCGCAUUGUGGGCGCACCGCCGACGAUUACUCUGGUAACCAUGCGGACGAUCGGAGGCCUCUACGGUGUGGCAUACCCGCCCGUACCCAGUCCUGCGACGGCAAAACCUGGCCAGAUCGUGUUCGAGCUCGUGUUUUCACUGCCAGUCGUCUUUGAAUCCGCGGUGACCAUCGCCAUGAACUCGGGUGGGACGGCGGUCGUCUUGGCCCAGGUCACUCCAACGACCUUCUCCUUUGUCUACACGGUGCAGCUGGGCGACGUGACGCCCAGUCUCGAGUUUGCGAGUCCGCUGGCACUCACCGGCCGCAUCGUGACGCUCUCGACGUCGCGCUCACAGGUGGUGACACCGCUGCUGCCGCUACUGGGCCUCUCGGGGGCCAACGUCAUUCAAAUCCAGCCAACGCUUCCUGCAGCCGUCACCUCGAUCACGUCGAAUCACUCGAGCGGCAGCAUCGGCGCCGGGGAAGUGGUCGAUGUGCAAGUAGCGUUCGGCAAGCCCGUGUGCACCUUCUCGGGCGUCAAUAUCCAUCCGCGCUUGCCCGCCGAGGGACCCGACAUGGUUGUUCACAACGCACUCACGUACCUUGCGUGGAGCGAGCGGUCGUCGCCAACGCAGAGCACGGUCUACGUCUCGACCUUCGACGGUGUCGAGUACCGCGACAUUACGUUUCCAGCAAGCGGUGUCAACCGAGAUCCUCAAGGCGAUGCGGCGCACCCCAAGCUCGGGGUUUGGAAGGAUGGCGUGUUCGUAACGUGGGCCGAAGAUGGCAUCAUCAACGUUGCGUCUUUCAACGGUCAAGUGGGGGCGCCGUCGUGGACACUGCUGCCGUUCAUGGGUACGAAUGCCAACCAAAUUGCAGUGGCGACGACACCCGUGCUCAUGGAGUACCUCGGUGCACUCUUUGUCGCUUGGGUCGAGCGGCCCGUUGCGACGCCGACAGCCAGUGCCGUUCGCGUCGCUUCGACCACCGCCGUCGGCGAUUGGAGCUUCUACGACACGAAGGUCGGUGGCUACGGUCUCAACAACAACCCAGCGACCGAGCCGACGCUCUAUGAGUUUCACACACAGCUGUACCUCGCGUGGGUCGAGACGCAUGCAACGACCAAAGCGAGCUCGGUCCACGUGGCCAUGCUCGCGUUGGGCACGAUGACGUGGGUGCCGAUUCCUCAAGUGGGCGUCAAGCAGAACGCUACAGCGUCGGCUGUAACGUUCUCCGUGCUCUCGACCACCAACGGCAGCGUCUUCAAGUUGCAUUGGUCGACGUCCGGCGCUUCCAACUCGCAGCUGCCACAGCUCCACGUCGCCACCGUGUACCCGCAGUAUUGGAAGGAAGACGAGCGACUGCGUGGGACGCCCGGCGUCGACAUAUCGCUCACAUUGUGCCAAGGCAGCACGUUUGCGGCGUGGCGACGGCCGAUCGUGGGUGUGGCAACGCAAGCCGUCGUUGGCGUUGUCCAUGCGUCAGGGUUUCUCAUGUUGAGGACUUCGAGCCUGAAUCAUAACGCCAGUAGCGAAGUCCUCGGCCUCAAACUUGCGUGCUUACCAACUGGCCUGGGGCUCUUCUGGACCGAGUACGACGGCGUGGCCGCCAAGGCGCGACUGCAAACGGCGCCCGCGACGCUGCCGUUGCAGUGGACGGAAGUGCUACUGGACUUUCCGUCUCUGGCACUGACGUCGGGGCUUGUGGCGCUGGGCACUGAUCGCAGCGGCUCAUGCGCUUCGGUACUCAAUUUUCGGCUGACGGUGCCGGCGUUGGCGCCGCUGAUCCCGCUGCUCAACGUUGACUCGCUCCAUACCAACCGCGGUGCGAUCUUGGAGGCCAAAAAUGCGUUUGGCCCAGCCAACCUCGUACUGUUUCCAGGAGCCACCGACACGCGAAGUCUCAGCUACUCGACGCAACUUACUAUCGACACGGCACCGCCGACUGUCGUUGACGUUUCCACCAAUACGACGGCGGGUACGUACGGUGUCGGUCACGUCCUCUUCCUCUUUGUGCAGUUCUCUGCGCCCGUCACUAUUUCAUUUUGUGCCACGGGGUCGGCGGCGGUGCUGCAUUUUGAGUCGUCCGAGCCGUCAAUGGACGGGACCACUGUGCGCUCGGCGCGGUACGUCAGUGGCAACACCACGGAUACGCUCACGUUUGUGUACACGACGGGCGCAUUCGAUGCUUUCUCGCUGUUUGAUUACCCGCUCACGACUUCGCUGCAACUGAACGCGACCUGUCGCGGUGCGAUCUGGCGUGCCGCCUCGACGGCAACAACGGCGGCAUCGCUGACGCUGCCGGUACCUGGUGGCGGCCACUCAAUCCGACGCGUGCCCAUCACGAUCCGCAACACGGCGCCAAUUGUCACAAACAUCGUGUCGGCCAAUGCUAGCGGCACGUAUUACAGCGGUGACGUGCUGGUUGUCCGCGUGAGUUUUUCGCUGCCCGUAGUCGUCACCGGCGCGCCGAGUCUUUGGCUCGUAGUCCAGCCAAACGGUGUGGUUGGUGACGCCGUCUACGUCGCAGGUUCGGGCACAACAACGCUCUCGUUUCGGUAUGUCGUGGGUACCAAGGAUGCGGGGCCGGUGAGCCUCUGGGAUGACCGGAUCGCGCUAACAGGAGUCGACUUUACCUGGGCGUUACGGCUCAACGGUGGCUCGAUCAAGCGCUUGGCCACUAUCCCGUCGACACCGGCGAUCAUCGCCUGCCCUGCACCAGGUACACCGGGGUCCCUCGAUCUCAACAGCCAACUUGAACUUGUGUCGUCGCCGCCACGCGUGCUCGCCGUGACAACCUCCAAACCCGACGGCACGUACGACGUGGGCGAAACCAUCGACCUUAGCAUCCGUUUCUCGCUGCAUGUUGCCGUCACUGGCGUUCCUCAGCUCGUCUUGAAUGCGAAUUCGUACGGCACUGCUACGGCGUUGUACACUGGAGGCUCCGGCUCAACGACGCUGACGUUCCGAUACAAGGUGCAGUGGGGGGAUAGUGCCAAUCCCCUUGCGUAUGUCGGACCCGACGCCCUCGUUCUCGUACCGCCGCCAGCCCUUGACCUUCUUCCGUCUCUGCCGUUGGCUUCGGCUCGCCUGCUCUCGACGCAUCCCGUGCAGCCCGCCGAUUUGACACUACCGCCCUUGGGGCCACUUUCGCAGGUCAACGCCCCGACCAACCUUGAGCAGAGCGGCCACUUUAUCAGCAUUCGCACCGAUGGCUACCGACCCCUGCGCGUCGGUACGACCGCGUCAAAUGGCACAUACUGCGUCGGCCAAGUGCUACCGCUGUAUGUGCGGUUUCCAGCACCCGUCGUUGUGACCGGCGUACCGUCGCUUUUACUCAACGUACCGUCGAGAGCGACGUACGUUACCGGCUCCAACUCGGAUUCUCUCCAAUUUACCUAUAUUGUGGCGCCCGGCGACGUCGCCGCCGCCCUCGAUGUCGCUGCGAUUGUACUGUCGGCGAACCAACGGAUUACGGACCCGACCGGGCUGCCCGUAUCGUUGACGCUACCGGCCUUUGGCUCGGGCGCCAGCUUGCGCGAAACGGCAGCAUUGGGCAUCGCCGGUGUACCCCCCACCGUCGUGCGACUCGUCGGUGUCUCUGCGUCCGGCACCUACGCGGCUGGAGACUCGGUGACCUUUGCCGUCAUGUUCUCUGCACCGGUUGUCAUUUCAGGCGCUGCUCCCGUUGUCACCCUCAAUACUGGCCACGCUGCCAGCUACCUCUCGGGCUCCGGUUCGACCUCGCUCGUGUUUCAAUACACGGUGCUGGCGGGCGACAAUGGCGUACUGGAUGUCGCGGGCUCGAGCGCGUUCGCCGGCCUUGUGCUUGGCCAAUCCACGACCCCGACGACGCCCGCCAACGUUGCUGUACCAGCUCCCGGUGCAGCGUCCAGCCUUGCGGGGACAUCGACACUGACUGUCGUGUCGAUACCACCCGUUGUCGUCGCCGUCGCGUACGUAGAUGUGCCGUACCAGAGUCGCGUCGUGUGCACGAGUGGCGACACGCUGCAGAUUCAAGUCACCUUCUCGACAACCGUCGUCGUCGCACCAGGCGUUGUGCCGACACUGACGCUGGCGACGCGCGGCGCAACCAACACCGUCGCAACGUAUCUUGGCGGCUCGGGAUCGCGCUAUUUGUUUUUCAUGUAUAUCGUCCAGCCCACGGAUGCUGCGUCCGUGCUCGAAUACGCUGCCUCCAACACACUGAUGGGGUCGAUCUACCUUGCGAGUGCGGUGCCAACGGUGCUGGCCAACUUGGCCCUGCCACCGAUUGGACGGGGACACAGUCUUGGGGACCAUGCCGUCGUCACAGUGUGCAACACGUGUCCGCACGUGGUAUCGGUCACGAGCCCCUCUGCGACGAUCGUCAGCGCUGGCCACGUACUCACGUUGACGGUAACAUUCUCAGCACCGGUGUUUGUAGAGUCCGGGCAGCUGCAGCUACGGCUUGCCAUGCCACUCGAGCGAUAUGCCACGUAUGCCAAUGGUAACGGGUCGGCCAGUCUGGAGCUUUCGUACACGGUGCAGACUGGCGACGACGUGUUUCCAGUUGAAGUCCUCAACAAAUAUUCGCUGUUCGGCGCCACCGUCGUGUCGGCGGCGACACCAUCGCUUGUGGCGUCCCUUCAGUUGCCACCACCCGGCGGCGCCAGCAGCUUGAGUGUUCUGACGCCGAUUCGAAUCGACACGUCACCACCGACGAUCACGCACGUUUCAACGACGACGCCCGACGGGACCUACGGACCCGGUCAAGUCAUUUCGAUCGGGGUCACGUACUCGUAUCCAGUCGUCGUGACGGGCGUCCCGACGUUGACCUUGGCGCUGACGACGCCCAGCGCGCGUCUGGCUCUCUACAGUCCAAGCACAUCGACGCCGACGACGCUACAGUUUCUGUACAUCGUCGCUGUCGGAGAUGCUGUCUAUCGACUCGACUUCAUGAGGCUCUGCAGCCAGAGUCUUCUGGUUCAAAAACUCGAAGGGUAUGACACGGCGGCGACGGGCCUCGGUUGUCUGCCGUCCGGCUCGGCCCUUGUGCUCAACGGCGGAACGAUCAAGGCACUAGCGACGACACCCACCGUCGAUGCAUCAACUGUCCUUCCUGCCGUGAACCCGUGGCCACUCAUGCGCUACGUCGGCGUCGGCAACAACGCUACGUAUGCGUCGCCCGGAGCCGGUCCUAUUGCGCCGGCUCCGCCGCAGAGUCUUUGCACUUACACAGGCGAAGGCUCCCAGUUUCUUCUUUUGAGCAAUGGGAUGCCCAACCACGCCUUGCCGCCGACGGUGCAACCGACGAGCUAUCUCUACGAACUUGCCCGCUUUCCGUUGGUCGGGUUUGCCCGCCGUCGCCCAAGUGGCAUCGUCGGUAUCUUGAUCAACGGCGUGCCGAUCAACAAUUCAGCACCGGAGGCGACUGUCGUCGUCGCCGACACUUGCGGCGGUGCCGUCGACGGUUUGGGGCGGUACAUGUAUGUGGCAGCGCCAGCCUGUCUCGCUCCGUCGAAUGGGUUAAUGGGAUUUGCCUUGGACGGGUUCCCGAUCUAUGCGAUGCCAUCAAGAAUCGCCUCGCAUCUCGACGAGUGCAGUGGCCGCGUCGAUCGCGACGGCCUCUACCGCUACUACCUCAACACGACGCUUCUACAGACGUCGGGGACGUUUUUACCAUGCUACAAAGGCACGCCGGUGUCAGCCAACGCGGCCGCCACGUACGAGCUGGCAGCCAUUGCUGGCGUUGAAGGCUUUGCAGCCUCAAGCAUCAAUCUCAAGCAGUUGCAGCUGAUUCCCGCCGAUGUCUCGGGGCUCUGGCGCAACCCAUCCAACGUCGCCGUCAACACGACCGCGUUGUUUCUCUACGUGUCGAGCACGGGGCUCCCGGACGGGGUGUUUGGGCCAUUCCCAAAUGCGUACAAUCCACACAAGAUCAAGCGUCGAGCGUAUACGUUCGUGCUUCCACGGUCGCCAACGUGGAGCAAUGUGCCGACGCAAGUGCUACCCGGUCGCCCCAUCGGUGUCAUGCUCAACGGCAUACCUUUCUACAGCUACACCGACAGCAGCGGCAACUCGUUGCGGAACCCCGCCACCGCCAACUACUUGAUUCUGGACGCCUGCAACGGGUACGUCGACGGCACCGGCGCGUACCGAUACUACGCCGCGCCCGACUGCCUCCUCGACGCACUAAACGACGUCGCCGGGACGCCGUCGCCCAUUGUCGGAUACGCGCUGGAUGGCUACCCGAUUUACGGGCGGUACGACAGCACUGGCGCCAUGCCGCUGGGUCUGGACGCGUGCAACGGCAAGUGGCACGUGGAUGGCAGCUACGGCUACCACGUGACGGACGCACCGCCCUAUACGAUCGGCUGCUUUCACGGCGUCGUGCCUGCGACCUCUGGCGCGCCUUUGUACCGCAGUCUCUCGGCCUCGAGUGCCAUCACCAUCUCGUCGGCGCCCCCACAGAUCCUCGAUGUCACAAGUCAGCGCAGCCCCGGAACGUACGGCGAGGGCGACACGGUGGAUUUUCAAGUCUUGUGGUCGGCGCCCGUCGUUGUCACGGGCGUCCCGACACUAACGCUCGCCAUUCGCAACAACGUUACGAGCUCACCUGCCUCGGCACAGUACGUUGCCGCCCGAAGCUCGGCGACGACGAGUGUCUUUGUCUAUACGGUGGGACCACACGAAUUUGCGCCCAGCAUUCGCUUGGCGUCAAUCAACGCGCUCGUGCUGCCACCAGGCGCCAGCAUCUAUCGACAAGCGACCGUACCCACGCUGCCGGCGGUGCUAACUUGCCCCGCCAUGGCACUCGUACUGGCCGAUCGCGUCCAAACAGUGGCGACCGUGGAGCUCAAGGUUCGAGGAUUGUACCACUCGGCGGCGAACGCCGUCUCUGCCGUUGUUGUGCACAACGACAUAUCCGCAUCGCUCUUUCAGCCGGUAUCGGCGUCGUCGUCGGUGUUUGGCCGCCCCGUGCCAUUGAUGCCAAGUGCAAACGACAAAACAACGGGCCUCGGCGUCGAUGUGGCGUUCGUCGAUAUGGCGUUCGGGCCCAACUUGGCGCUGGGAGGCACCGCGACGCAGAGUUCGACGUUUGGUGCGAGUGGUGCUGCCCAGCAUGCCAUCGAUGGCAACCGAUCUCCGUUUCACGCGAGCUUGGGAGCGUCUCGGACAUCCGGCGACGAGCCGACGCCGUGGUGGCAACUGCGGUAA